ACAAAAACAAAAUCUCCACAAGGUCAAGAAAAAGUGUUUCUGUCAAGCUCCACUCGACAAUUUCUCCACAUUUCUAUUCCUACUGAGAACUUCUUCCAUCCUGAAGAGAGCUACAGCCUCACAGAGACUGACUAAAGCCACACACCAAACCUCCAGCAUGGAAAAUAUGUUACAAGACCCUGACUCCAGAAAAAGGAGAAUCUCUGCACGCCAGGCACAGGGUGUGAAGAGGCCUGCAGCCCGGUGUCCAUGCUGCAGGGACGACCAGGUGCCGCAUUUAAAGCGAAAGCGCCCGGACUCUGCUGCCAGUGGCGACCGUCCCCAGAAGAGGAAGCGGACCUCCGUGGCCCGCCCUCCCAAACCUUCUGCUGAGAAUCCAGCUUCUGAGGUGUCGAACUGGGGUCCUUCUCCCUUGCCUUCCACCCCAGCUGUUGAGAUCGCAGGGUUAUUGGGUUUGGUACCACAGCUUGAGGCCACCAUCUUGCCAGCUGACCUGCCGGUGGCGUCCACCGCGCCCCCCAGCCUCCAGCUCUCCUCUGCGCCGCUGCACCACGACGGGCCUGCUGAGAAUCCAGCUUCUGAGGUGUCGAACUGGGGUCCUUCUCCCUUGCCUUCCACCCCAGCUGUUGAGAUCGCAGGGUUAUUGGGUUUGGUCCCACAGCUUGAGGCCACCAUCUUGCCAGCUGACCUGCCGGUGGCGUCCACCGCGGCCCCCAGCCCCCAGCUCUCCUCUGCGCCGCUGCACCACGACGAGCCUGCUGAGAAUCCAGCUUCUGAGGUGUUGAACUGGGGUCCUUCUCCCCAGCCUUCCACCUCAGCUGUUGACAUCGCAGGGUUGUUGGGUUUGGUCCCACAGCUUGAGGCCACCAUCUUGCCAGCUGACCUGCCGGUGGCAUCCACCGCGGUCCCCAGGCCCCAGCUCUCCUCUGCUCCCCUGCACCACGACGAGCCUCUGAAGAUCCACAACCGCUCUGUGGAAGAGUACCAGCAGAUCUACCAUGAGGUUGUAGAUGAUAUGCUGAGGUACAAGAACGGCCGUCAGCGUCCGUACAGUUUACAGCUGGGACGUGUCAUCAAGCAGAAGCUGUGGGAGAGACUGGACCGUCCCACGUUCACUGAGACGGUCGGUGAAGAGGGCCGGGUGCAUGUGGACGUCUCCUAUGGGGUCGGAGUCUAUCCUCCUCUUUAUGAUGUGGACAUUUCGGGAGAACCCAAGCCCGUGACGUCCCCAAACAAAAGAGCCAGGAAAUAAGUCCUUGUUAUAGUUCAACAAGGUCAAAUCUGUACAUAAUGCUGGAGAUUCAGUUUAAAUAUCGUAGUUGUAAGUUAAGUAGGCCUAUAGUAGUUGUUAGUUAAGUAAUGUAGUUUUAAGUUAAGUAUUGUAGUUAUAAGUUAAGUGUUAAGUUAAGUAUUGUAGUUUUAA